AUGGGGGAAGAAUGGAACUAUGUGUGUCUUCGCGUUUUGGUCGUGUGCGUGUUUUUUUUAUCGGUGUGCGUCGACAGCUCGGGCGUCAAACACUACACCAACAAAUGGUUGGUGCACGUACCACUGGGGGAAGUGGUGGCUAGAGAGGUGGCCCGUAGCAACGAUAUGCAAUACCAAGGACCGGUAAAGUAUAUGAUACAAUAUAAUAUCGCGUAGGUAUACUAUACAUGUGCUUGUACAUAUUGUGUACAAAAUAAAUAAUAAAACGAAUUACUGCGGACGGACUUAAUGCGGAUAUAAUAAUAAUAAUAAUGAUAACGGCUUAUUUACUACGGUUAUAGGUGUGCGCGAAUGAGUUUAUUUUAUUAAUUUGACGGUGGCUGUGCGAUCCGCUCGCCAGAAAUCGUAUCUCGAUAAUACGCGAUCACGAGAAUACGCGCGAUAAAAGUGUGUAUCGCUGCCACUUUUAAUUUCUUUUUGAAGCCCGGAAUACGCACACGAGACUACUGCUAGAAAAAAGGGCUUACAUACCGCGUGCACUGCAGUCUAUUAUGAAUUAUGAUCUAUACGUUAAUAUUUUUUUUUUUAUAACUGUAUACACACCUAUAACAAUGCGCGUCUUAGAACAGACCGAGGAAUAAAAACACUCGAGUGAGUAUCCAUAUAUAUAUAUAUACGUAUUGUAUAUCGCUGUAUAUAUUAUUAUAUUGUAGUGUUGACGACACGGAAAUACAGCGUAUAGUAUACAACUACAUGGAAAAGGCGUAAUUUUUCGAAAAUAUAUUAUACUUAUAACACCGCCCUUAUUGGUAUAAAUUCUAGACCGCCAUAAUUCAAAAACCGUAAUGUCGAGAAAAUUCUGCUGCUUGAAAGGUUUCACUAUGACGUGUAAAAAAGUCGUUUAUUUUUUUUAAAUUUUCCGUUUUCUUAAUAGUUGAGAAAAACCGAAAAAAACGGGGAAAGUUUACGGCAUUACAGGAUUUAUUAUUCGGUUUUGAUUUUUUGGUUGUGAUUCGGGUAAAAAUAAUCAUAGGAAUUUUCACUGUGUACUGUUAUGCUGAUAUUAGCCUUUUCUAAAAGUGGUAACAUUUUCAAAAUAGCCCGGCAAUCGUUUUUAUUUGGUUUUAUAUUAGAUAAAAUUGUGUGGCCGGGUGGAAAUGUUUGAAAAUUUAACACGAAGUUCAUUAAAAGGUGUAUUUUAUGGUAAAACAAAGGUUGAGCGUAAUGUUAUAUAGUACUAGUUUAUUAGUUUUAUUAUGAUGUGUGUAGAGUAUACUCGUACUUUCUGUCUAUAUAGAACUUUUUUAUCAGAAAUCUUACUUUAAAAAAAAAUAUAAUAAUAAUAAUAAUAACAAAAGUCUUUUUUUUGUUGCAUUGAAGAAUUAAUUUUUUGAUUUUUAAGCAGUUUUCAUAAUGAUUGCGAAAAACCAUAGGAAAUACAGGAAAGUUUACGUCAAAUGGUUUCGUUAUUUUCAAUUUGGGUUUAAAGCUGUAAUUUUAACAGAAUACUUAUGGCCUUUUCUAAACGAGGUAAAUUUUUUAAAACAUUUUGGUGAUUUUUGUAGAUUCUGUGCGUAUUUUUUUUUUUUAUAAGCAUUUUAAGUUUGAACUUUGACGAACAUCUUUAAAAUUACGGUAUUUUUACUGAACUUCGGUUAGAAUCGGUUUUUAUUAGCAACGGUUCAUCGUUGUUUACAGAUAUAAAUUAAAUAACUUUAUAUUUAUCCCUAUACCUUCUUACCUUUUCAUCUACAACAGUGGCGCAACUCUAAAUUACAGUAUUAGCUCUUUUUUAAAUAAUAAUUUCUACUCGGUUCAUCACUUCUGAAUAAAGCUUUUUUUAUACGAGUUCCAUUAAUUAUCUACAUCAUUACACAAGGUUAUUAAUAUUAAUUAUAAACAAUUUGUUCGUAACAAAGUAUACAUUAGAUACCAUCACGUUCUAAUCAACGUUCGGUCGUUAUUUAUCAUAAACAUCAUCAUCAUCAUUUCUCUCGUUUUAAUAAUUACGAUAUAAGACAAAUACCUACUUGUCUUAAAUUAUACCUCUCUCCAAUUUCUCUCGAAGCUGCGGAUGAGUUUAUGAAUAUUUGUAUUAUUCGGACGACAAAUUUGCCAUUUCUCUAUGCCAGUCGUUUUAAACUUUUCUAACUUUUGUCAUCCGGCACCGAGUAUGUAUAGAUACGGUAUACGAGUAUUCCGAAUCGUUAAAAUAUUUCAAGUAUAGUUCGUGCGCACUUUCCGAAGCACUUCGAAUAUUCAGCAGCGAGACGUUGUGUUUAAACACUUUUAAAUCCAUUUGUAAAUCCAAUCUCUUUAUCGACAUCUUUGCAUUCGAUUCGGUGGAUUUCGUUUGAAAUGUGAAACGAAAUUCUUCAAACUGCACUAGUGUACAACUAAGUGAAUAAUCCGAACAAUUAUGUUUUUUUUUCAUCAUCCGUUUUAUUUUUUCACGUCUAUGACUUGCAUAUUAAUUUUUUGUUCACCGCAGUACACUUAUAUAAUACACAAUUAUUCACAAUUUCAAAAACAGUAUUUUGCUAUUUGUUUAUGAUUGUUUAAUUGCGUCGGUUUUUUAUUUUUAAUGUAGUGACUGUGACAUAGUAAUAUAGUGUUACCAUUAUAAUAUAAAGAGUUCAUCAAAUAUAUUCAUUAUCAUGAAUCUUUAUACACAGUGUCCUAUUUUAUUAAAUACUAUAAAAAAAAGCUACAACAGCGAAAAGUUUGAACGUCCGUUCAAUUUUAAAGUUGCUAGAUGAAUUUUUUUUUUAGUUUCAACCAUCCACAAAACUGUACCAUAGAGGAAGAGAGAGAAAAAAUAUUUAAUUUUAAAACAAAUAUAAGGUUUAAAAAUAUGCAAUGUUUUUAGCUUACAUUUUUCGAAAUUAAAAUGUGGUGUUUAUGAAACAUGGACGGUGUUAAAUUUAUUUUUCUUAUAAAUAUACAAUAUGUACGAGUAUAUUAAUUUAUAUGAAAUUCCGAUUCUAGUCGUGUGUUCAAUUGUAGUGACUAUGCUUCCUGGAAAAUAAUUUCAAUAGAAGAAAAUUAGCCUAAUUAAAAACGGCCAGAGAAAAAUGCAUGGUAAUACACAAAAUUAGAAAUUAUUUCUGUGGCCAUAUAUUUGCAGGUAGGCAUUUUUGUUUUUGGCCAUUCUAUACUUUGGAAAUGUCGGUAUAUUUUGGUCAUUUGAUUUAUGGCCGUUUACUUUUUUUAUUGUAUCUAUGUAGCACGGAGCCCAGGGAGAGGACUCCGAUCGCCCUGCUCUAGGGACGGUGUCGUUAGAAUCAGAACAAUAAUUAAUAUUUAUAAUAUUAUAAAUAAUGAAAACGUAAAAUUUAUCUAUAAAAGGUUCAAUUUAUUUCGGAUAAUUUAUUUCCCAUUUUUCUCAUAAAUCCAAAUGAAAUUAAUUUGAUCAUUUCAUAAAGGAUUUUAAGUUAUCAGAUAAAAAAAUACGUCCUAGGAUAAUGAAGACGGAUGCAGUCACUGUUAUAAAUAAUUUAGUGUAUACGUGUAAGCUACAAUAAGCUAUUGCUUAUGAAAAAACGAUUCUGAGCAGAGUUCAGUUGAUAGUGAUGUUUAGUCAACAAUAUAUAUGUGUAAUGUUGUUGUAAAAUAAUUAAACAAGAUUUUUAUAUUUUUUUUAAUAAUAUUUAUUUAAUAUUGUACCAAUUUUUCAGAUUUUCUUAAGUUUUCCCGACUUUUCCAUGUUUUAUCCCGGUUUUUUACAUUUGCUGAGAAAACUCCUGAAAAAUUGAAAAAUGACCUCUCUAAAGUACAUCUCUAGUAAAAUUUAGAAACAUUAUGUUGGAGCAAAAUUGUUGAUAGAAAAGUUGUGUACAGGAAAAAAAAAAUCGUAAUAUUUUAGUAAUGAAUUUCGUACAUUUUCCCGUUUUUUUUUCCGGUUUUUCAAAUUUUAUGAGAAAACUCUUGAGAAAAUCGAAAAGUAACUUAUUUAAAGUAUCUUCCUGCGCCGAUUUUCUUUCAGAAAAGUUGCGCACAAAUAACAAAAAAAAAAAAAAUUAAAAUCUUUGUUAAACUAUAAGCUUCUUCGUUCUACUCAGAUUCUAAAAAGUAUCUAUCUAGAUAAAAUAUCAAAAUUAAACACGAUAUCAUUUUAGAACGAAAUAUACUUACGGUAUUUUUGUAAUUUAAUUUUUUAAAAAUUGCAUUUCCGAAGUACUGGUUGUAUGAAAUUAUUGUAACUUGUAGCAGAUCAAGUUAUACACAUCGAUUUCAUCGUAUUAGUUUUUCGUGAAUAAUCAAUAAUAGGUACGUUUAUUUAUGUAGGUAAUAUAAUCGUAUUGUUGUCGUAUUUCUCGGAUAUUUUAAUAAUAAAGAAUGUCGUUUGGUUGGUUCGUUUUGUAAUAUCACCGUAGUAGGUAUACAUUAUUAUAUUAUUUGAUAGCGUAGGUUUGUUGGUAUUGAACCUAUAGGUAAAGUCACGAACGAGUGUUAUGCUUGUAAAGUGAUACCUUUACUACGAUUUUGAUUUAUAGUUAUUUUGUUUUUUGUAAAUUAUUAUAGAUUUUUUUUUUAAGUAAUAUACUUCUGUAAGAAAAGCGGGGUUCGAAACGAGGAAAAAGUAACAUAUUAUACAAAAACAGUGGGGUUGAGGGAGUAAUACAACCAAUAUACGAAAUCGGCCAUUAAAAAUGUAUUGAUCGUUUUUGGCUAGUAAAUUAUUAUCUUAUUUUUUGUAAUUGAAGUGCUAUGUAUAUAUUUUUUUUAAAUGCCCCGAAGUUUUAUAAUUUAACACGUUAAUGAAGUUAUACUUUAAAUGAAGUGGCUCUCCCGUCCUUAAUCUAAUGUCUUAAACUAAGUUGGUGGCGUACUCAGGAUUUUUCAAUACGUGGAGAGGUGGGAUUUAAACGAAAAAAAACAUUUUGCAAAAUACAUAAUUAUGCACUAUUAGUACAAUUAUUUGUACUUGAUUGAAUACAGUAUUAAUUUCAGACCUUUAUUCACGAGGGACACUAUAAAUUUCCAAGUUGGUAUGUUAAACGCAGAGUCGAAUAUAGGAAGUUUUACACCGAGGAAAAAAAUUAAGAAAAUGCGCUUUUUUUUUGUAGCUCAUUAAAAUAAGGUUAUUUAUAUUGGUUUAACUAUGAUGUGUGUUUUUUUUUCCUGUCUCUAAGCAACUUCUCGAAUAGAAAUCUUACUCCGUUUCCGUUGUUUAUAGUACGGUAUCUUUUCUGAAAGGAAAUUUUGUCUAGUAGGUGCAUUAGAGGAAUCAUUUUUGAAUUUUCUAAGAGGUUUUCGAAAUAAUUAGGAAAAACCCGAAAAAAAAUUAUAGGUAAAACUGGCAAAUAUUUACGAAACGUCGCAACGUUACCGUUUCCAUUGUUUUUAAUUUGUUUAUACGAUGUUUUUUUACGAGAAAUAUUGCUUCAAUCGAAAAAUGAAGGAUUGAUUAUUUUCCUUUUAAUAUUUCGCUACUUACAGAGAAAGUUUUUUUUUUUUUUAUAUUUAAAGCAUUUUUCAAAAUUAUUGGAAAUUACCAAAAAAGACGAUAUUUUUUUCAAAUUGUGACGCAACGAUUUCAUUAUUUAAAAUUGUUAUGAAUUAUGUUUUCUAGUAUAAAUAUUGCUCCAAUAGAAAAACGACAAGAGAACUUUUUUGUUAAAUUUUUAAUUUUGUUGCCGAGUGAGAUAGUUGUUUUUUGAUUUUGCCUGUAAUUUUAUUAAUAACUGAGCAAAACCAAAAAAUACGUAGAAAGAACUUGACAUUUUAGGGAAAAGAUUAUUUUAUUAUUUUAAAUUUUGUUUUUUUUAUUGUAAUUGAAUUGAAAAUAUUCGUAGAGACUUGAAAUUUUAAUACAAAUCUUACAUUUGUAUUUUUUAGAUGUGGUGAAAUUUUCAAAACAUUUGAGUCAUUUUUGAGCGAUUUAUAGCUAUGUACAUUUUAAUUAUACUAGUCUUUUUACGUAAGUUUUGUUUCAUAGGUGAAUUUUAAUGUGAUAAUUCAAUUUUAUAUUUUAUAAGCAACAAAUAGUUGUUAGUUGUUACUUUUUAAUUAGACAUAUUUAAUUAAAGUUUUGGAAAAUGAAUGAUAAAAUCAAAAGGGGAAAACAUUUCAACGAGACUGAAAAGGGCCUAUUUAUUGACUUGGGUUUUCCAUACAAAAGUAUUUAAAAUUUAAAUCAUCAUAAUCUUCGAGUGGGUUUGGUCAAUCCUCAAAUUACCCCGGCAUCGGUAGAUUCAUUGUAAUUUUAAAUAUCAUACAAUAAUGAGAUUCAUUUGAUAAAAAUAAACUAAUGAUACUGGAAAUUUUAUAAAAUUUAAAUGAUAAAUAUUACGACAUUAGCGUAAAGUAGGAUCAGCGACAGCACAAAAUUACGUCACGGUAACAAGAAAAUAUUAUGGUUUAUCGCGAUAGAAAAAUCAUUAUUACUUAAAUGAUUAAACAGCUCUGCAAAUUUUACGCAUGCUGAAAUCAGUUCAACAACUUAUCGAUUCAAUUACGAAGUUUUUGAUAACAAUUAUUAAAUGUGCAUAGAACCGUUUGUUACUGAAACCAAUCGGCACAACCUCUCGGUCGAAUGCGCUUAGGUUCAUUAUCCGUUUUAUAACAGCUAUACGAUGUGUUCAUAAUAUUAUCAUGACGAAAAAAAAAAUGAAACAAAUAAACAAAACAACAACAAUAAUAUACGUUUCCCUCACCCCAGCGAGGGACUUCGCGGCGUGUGCGUAACACGAGGGGUGAGCAGCGGUCGAUGAACGGCGCCGAGCAGUCCGGCGCAAGCGUUGGCCGGGCGGCCUUGUGACCUCGACCCCGACCGAGGACACUCGUACCAGGGACUCAUGUGCCCGGCGUUGGGGUUGUCAGCGGCUUUCCGAAAUGGCGGCGCGAAACGUUGUCGCGCAGAGCCACCGAAGCUUUAGGUACUAGGGGCGCAUGCCACCGUAGUGCGUUUUCUUCAAGCGUGACAACGUUUUCCCGUCGGCCACCGCGGAAAGCCCGAACUUUCAAUCCAUUCCUCCCCCGUCCGCCCGCACGGCUAUUUUCGAUCAACCACCGCGGAUCGGACCCUGGUCCCGGGAUUCCGAUAGGAAAACCCCGAGAGCCCCAAAUUUGGCUUUUCGCCGAACAAGUUUUCCGCCGCCGGAUCAACAAGUCGCUCGUUCGCACGACACGCCGCCGCCGGGCCGUUUGUUAUCAUAAUAUUAUAUUUUCGUGUACAGGAGAGUAUAAUAGUACUGCGUAUUACAGUUUUCGUAAACAAAUAAACAAAACAAACGGACAUAUUUCACACAACGGGUGGGCCACUGUUGUUGAUAAGAAGUCGGGAAAGUAGAGGGGAAAUGUAAUGUGCAUAUGCACGCAACAAAUUUCCAACGAAAAUCAAUUCUGAGCGGAAUUCGGUCGUACAUGUUUUGAAAAGUCGUCAUUUUUACUGUUUGAAAAUAAUACAUUUAGUUAAUUUUUCCAUUUUCCCCCGGGUUUUCCCAUUUAUUAUGAAAACCCUAAAUAUAAUCAAAAAUUUACCUUCGUAGUCAGAUUUACUUUCAGUAAAAGUACUACAGUUAAAAAUCAAAACAACAUUUUUGGUGGCAAAAAAAAACAUCAUUGUAAAACCCAUACAUUCCUCGCCGCUCAGAAUCGGAAAUAUUACGGCUUUUCAAAGUAUGUAUAAUCAAUUCGUAUAACAUGUCAUGUGUUAUAGAAUUGUUUUUCGUUAACAAUGAUUAAUCUUUGUGUACAGAAAAUAUACUUUCAAUUUUUCCUCUACUUUCCGUACUUUCCACCUAAAACAGUGGCCCACCCACUGUGGGAAGUAUGUCCGUUUAUUAUUUUGAUUGCAAUCGUUGUUAUCUGUAUACGAGUAUAAAUUGUAAAUAACCAUAUAUCCUUUACAGACUAUCCCGACGUUCUGUCUAAAAUUUAAUUUUUUUCAAAUUGUGUAUAUUAAAUUGCGCGUUUCCUUUUGGAAUUUAAUUAAAUCUGUAGUGGGAAAUUUAUAAUUGCCGUAUAUUAUUUGAUAUACACCAUGUGUACUUCAUGUACGUCGCGCGGUAGAGUCAAGAUUUAUUAGUUUUGUAUAUAUAUGUAUACAUUUUUUUUUGUUUAUCAUCCUGACAACAACAAAUUGCAUUCUCCGUCGUGUUAAAACUGCACCCUUUACAAAGGACUGCAAUAAUAAGGCGAAUUUAUAUAUGUAAUCCAUUGCGUCGUGGAACGAAAAUCCAUGGUAUAAGCAUUUUAUUCUUUACAAAAGAAAAAGAUGAUAAUACCAUCAACCGUUUAAUAAUAAAACUUUUAUGAUUUAUAAUAAUGUCGUUAUACACGAUUCAUAUUAUAUUUUUGUUUUCAGCAUAUUAUUUGGAAAAUAUAUGUUUUUAACAGUCUGAGCGCAGGUAGCGCUGAUUGGUUUCUGGUAUCAAAUUUUAUUUAGCUACUGCAUUGGUAAUGUAAUUUUUUGUUUUUUCUCGGAUAAAAACCCGGAAAAAAACAUUAGAAAAAACGGAAAGAUGUACGUUAUAACAUUUUUUUUUUUUUUUUGGGGGGGGGGAAUUUUGUUUUAUCUAUUUGUCGUAAUUAGAUUAAAAAUAAUUACAGGGACUUGACAUUUUCACAAUAUUUAAAUUUAAAUUUCUAUAGACAUGGUACAAUUUUCAAAACAAUAUUUUGACGAUUUUUAAACUAUUUCUAGCCGUUUGAAAUGUUCGAAUUCCUUUAGUUUUUAUUCGAAUACAAUUCUUUAAUAAAAUGUUUGACAAUUUAACACAAGAUUAAAUAUAAGUUGUUUUAGUGGUCAAAAAAAAAAAAAAGUCCAAAAUAUGUUUUUCUAAACUUCGCUUAGAAUCAUUUUUCGUUUAUUUUUUUUUAGAAACUGUUAUCAACCACUUAGAUAUUUUUUUAAAAAACUUUAUAAAAUAAUUGGUAUUUGAAUAUUAUUGAUUUUACAGGGAAUGAAUUAAUACAGGUAUAAUUAUAAUAAUACUGAUCAAAUUGUUUACUAUUAAUUUUGUAAUAUUACAAAAUCUCGUAACGCGAGAUAUUUUAGUGAACCUUAUAUACAUAAACUAAUAAUAAAAAAAAAAAAUAAUCAUAAUAAUAAUUAAUAAAAAACCCUACUUCAAGUUUUAUUAAUUAAAUAAAAUGCGAGAUGUAUAAAGGAUAUACUUACUUUCAUCAAUAAGAGUAUAGGCAUUGACUCGUUGCAGAGAAUCCAAUUAAUUGUUUUACCAUAUACUUGGUCACCGAAAGUUUUGUCGCGGUUGCAGUGGCAUAAAACUUUUCUGAAACUUUAAAUAUAUUUCCGAAUACAAUUAUCAUUUUGAAACAUAGAAUUUUCUAUCCAUUCACAUAGUUUAGCAGCAGUCACUUGGAACUGUUCGUGAGAGAAAAAGUAUCGAGUAAAUAAAAUUCUUUUAUCUUGAUUUUUUCCUCAAUAAAUUGAAUUUUAAGUUUCAACCAUCAAUGCGUUUGAGAAAUUUAAUUUACGUUGCAGUAGACACAUACACGUAUUAUGUGUAUUCAAAUUCAGUAUACUUAUUGUACUUGUAUAAUAUGCUUUUAUACCCGUAAACAAUUUGUAUAGAAUUUUUUUGAAAAUAGAGACUAUUGCCCUGUGUUGUAUAUAUAAUUUAAUUUUUUUCGCUACUUUUGGUUACUUUUUGUAGCUUUAGAGAGUCGAUUGAAACCUGUUAUGCAUUCGAGUUCUCUCUGUCUAAUUAACCACAAAUUAUAUCUUUACAAAAUCAUUCCUUUUUUUUAGUUAAUAAUUCAGAGUUUUAACCCAGUUAUGAUGGAACUAUCGUACUCAUGGGUGAUUUUUUUCUUAUUGUUAAUGAAACGAAUUUAUAUAUUAUAAAGUAAAACUAAAAACGUAUUAAUGUUCGAUAAUUAUUUUAAAAAUUAUACUAUUAUAAAUUAUUUAUUUUGUGAAGUAUUUAAUCAAUGACAAAAGAUUAAUAAAAUAAAAUCGUCGUUAUCUUUGUAGGAUUAUGACAAUGAUGGUUUUCAUGUAAUGGCCAAAGACGAUCUUCCACUCAAAUCUUUCGAUCACAACGAGGAUAUUACCAAUCGGUUAAACAGUCAUAGUUUAGUAAGGAUAAAGUAUUUUUUAUUUAAUUAGCAAUAUUUCAAUUUAUAGUAGUACAAAUAUAUGCAGUUAAAAACUUAAAACCGGUGGUAAGUUAUUUGUAAAUAAAUCGUUAGUGUUUAACACUAGACUUAACUCGGGGAAACUAACGAUAUUCUAAGCGUUGUAUAUUAAUUUUGUUUUUAGUAAAGGAAAAAAAUAACUAAGGUUAAUAUUUUAAUUGAUGGAGGAUUACAAAUUUCGUGACGUUGUAAUAGUAACGCUGAGCGAGUUAUUUAAAAAGUCUAAUUUAUAAACGUUUUUAUAAUAAACAAAAUCAAUAAAAUUAGGCAUUUAAAAUUACGAAAUAUCCAAUUCAGCUGCAAGUUAGGGGAUGCUUUGGUGGAAAUAAUAACUGAAGUCAUAAAAAACUGUAAGUCAAUUUAAAUUUUUUUUUUUUAUGUCACUAUUUUAUAUCAAAAUUCGAUCAAGAUGGAAACAUAAAAGUAACACAUAUAUUUCUUAAAAACGGGGUCUCUUUUAUAUUUGUUUACCCAAUCUAUUAUCACGUUUUUCAUUAUCUUGUUGCAUUAAUAAAUCAUAAAUAUUAUAUUAAUAUCAUAUUUGAUUUUGAUUAAAGCAAAAUAUUGAAAAAGAAUGAUUAGUUUAAAUUUUUUAACGUGUUGGUUCAGAACAUAUUUCUGGAUUCUCUAAUGAUAGAUUGUUAUCAAAAUAUACAAUAAAAAGCAGUCUUAUAAAAAAUUCUCAAACCAUACUCGAAGUUCUGAUAUAAAUCCAUAUUAAAAAGAUUUAAUUUAAUAACGUUGAAUUUGCUUAUGCUUGUCAUCAGUGGACAAUAUUUCUGAUCAAACCGUUUGCAUGUUAAACAUUAAGUAAAUAAUAUAUUUAUAAUAAAAAUAUAAUAAUUUCAAGUGAUGAUCAAAAAUGAAAGUAGUUAAAGAGAAAAUCAGUUUUUGUUGUUUUGUCGAUGAGUAAAAUAAGCAAACGACAAAAUGACAAUAAUAUAUCAUUCACAAAAUCAUGUCCCACGUGGUGGCGAAAAUGAUUCUGUUACUGUUAAUUUUAAAUAAUUAUCGUAGAAGAUGAAAUUAAGCGUGUUAUUUUUGUCCCCGGUCUCCCCUACCUGUACCUAUUAAUAAUUUUUGGAAAUCUCUUCGCAAAGGUAACUACCGCCAUCCAAGAAGCUGUAAAGGCGAGAUCGUAUCGCGGUGCGGUUUAUCCAAGACACGUUGUUCCGAAAUCCACUACUACAUCGUCCAAAACAUCCAAUUCAGUACGGCGCAGUCAUAUGUCGUAUUUUAAGAAGGAAAAAAUGAUUAGCAACUACAUAAAUGCCUUCAAUGAUUUAAGGUGGCCCGAUAUGUGGUACUUUGUAAGUAUUAUUGAAAACAAAAUAAAAAGUUUUAUUUUAUUUGAAUACACUUCGUUAAUAUUAUUAAUUUACAAUAGUAACGAGUAGGAUUUUCUAAACAGUCGAUCUUCUGUGCGUAUACCUUUGUCUAAUUUAUUAUUAUACUUUUUUUUCUGGUGUCGUAAAUUUUUAUUAUAAUUUUAAACAUCCACCACUAAAUUUCACACAUUUUGUUAGAUUCUAAGUGGAACGAAGAAUAUAUUGGUUUGAUUAUGAUAUACGCUUAUUUUUUUUGUAUUAGUGUACAAUUUUUCUACUAGAAAUAUUAAUCCGACCAAAAAAACGAAAAAAAAAAAAAACCAUUUUGUUGUAUUAUGAAUUUAGUUUGUGUAUGGAGGAGGUAAUUUUAUAAUUUUAAUAAUUAUUUGGAAAAACCGGAAAUAAAUAUAAAAGUUUCCGUUAUUUUAAUUUUUGUUUGUAACAAGAAAUGCUUCAAAUUUCAAGAAUAUCAUUUUUUCUGAAAUAAAAUGUUGUCUAUAUUUGAGCUAUUAAUACCUAGGCAUUUAACAAUUUUGAGCUUUUUUAGUUUUUAUUUUAUUUUCAUAUAGAUAAAAUCGUUAGGUCAAAUAGAAAUGCUGAAGCAUGUGCAUCUGUAUUAAAUAAAUGUCUAUACAUGAAUUUACUGAACAUGUAUAAUUUAAUACGUUUCAGUGUUUUACUCAUACAGUCGUAUAAAUUUAUAAAUCUCAACUAAUUUUAAUAAUAGAUAUUAAGUUAAAUUAACAUAUAUAUGAAAAGUAAGUCAAAUUUUAAACCUGUCAAAAACAAUUAUUUUCAGACUGACUGAAAGUCGUUUCCUGCACAUCAUUCAGCUUAUUUUGUAACUAUAUAUAGGUAUAUUUUUUUUUCUGAGUAGAAAUUUUCAAUGUAGAACUUCACAAUGAUCUAUAGGCGUACAUGGUAUUGCAGUUAAUGUUACAUAAUUAUUUUAAAUAAAACGAGUAGAUAUAAAUUAUUUUUAAAAAAUGCAAUUAAAUAUAUUUAUUGCUCAUAUUUCUUUGUAGGUACGUGUAGUUUAAUAUUACGUUUUUAUAUUUUUUGUAAUUAUUGAACCAUGAAAUACGAGUUUAAUAAUACUUACUCUCUUUAUAUACAUCGUUUUAUUAUUUGUAUAGUCAAUAGAAACAAAAUAAUAAUUGUAGUGAAACAAUAAGAAAAAUUGUUACUAAAAAGGAACAAAAAAAAAAUUACUUUAAUUGUUAUACCUAUAUACAAAAUUAAUUACCUAUUAUGGAACUGUAGACUCACUGCAGUACAAGUUAGAAACCAUAAAUAUGUUUUUUUUUUUUUUAUAUCGAAAUCGUAUACAUUUUUUCAGCAAGAUUAUCGAACUUCCGAAAACCAACCAGUAGUUGAUAUGAAUAUAGUACCGGUAUUUUUUGAACUUAAAAUUACCGGACAAGGUGUAAACAUCACGGUACCAGACGACGGAAUACAAUGGUCACAUCCAGAAAUAUUACCAAGUUUUGUGAGUUAAAAGAAUUUUAAAUUAAAUUAAUGUAUUAUAACACAUGAAUACGAUUAAAAAAGCUACACCUAUAAUAUUAUUAAUGACUAUACUAAGUGCUGGAAAAGAACCCAACAGGAAAGGCAUUCUCGGUGGAAAGACGUAGUCAAGAAAGACGUGGAAAAACUGAGAUGAGGUAGUGACAUGGUGAGCGAUGUACUGAUAUAUGAUUUGCGGGUAAUUCAAAACCCACUUUAUAAAAAUAUUAGUUUACUGAUAUGUGGAGAGUUAAUUUUACUAAUUCAUUUAUUUAUUUUUUUUAGUUAUUGUAUUUUUAAUAAAUCCCAAUUAGUUAUAUAGGAAUGUUAUAAAAAACACUUGCUGGAUUGUUCAGUACGUAUGCUGUUAGUUCCAUAAACUGUGUUUGAUAUUAUAUUAGCUAAAAUUCAUAAUAGGUACUGGGUAGUAAUUGUUCAUUUCUAUGUUCGCUACGCCACUGGGAUGAGAAUUAGAAUGUGGACAGCACGAGUAUUAGAUAGAGAUGGUUGAAGUCCUAGAUAUAUGACGGGAUAGUCCGAGAGGUCGAUUUUGUACCCCGAAGAAAAAAAAGAUACCAUUAAUAUUAUAAUAUUGGGUUCAUAAUAUAAUUAUUAUUGUCUAUUCAACAGUUCAACGAGCUUUAAAAUUAUUAUUGUAGAAUUUGCGAUGAAUCCGUAUUAUAAUAAUGCGAAAUUAUUGGUUUCAGAAGCAAGAAUUAAGUUGGAAUUACAUUUUAAACAAUAAAAAUAUUACUCCAAGUACAGACGAUAACGGAGACAUAAAAGCACAUGGCACUAGAUGUGCCGGAGAAAUCAUCAUGCAGGCGAAUAACAAAAUAUGUGGAGUAGGAGCAGCCUACGGAGCUAAUAUUGGAGGUAAUAUUAUGGCAUUAAACUAUUUAAAUGUUAUUCUGUAGUUCGCGAUAAAACUGAAAUUAAAUAAUGGAUUUAAUAAUUUUUGUAAUAAUCGGUUAAUGUUUUCGUCGUUUUAGGUAUAAAGUUUUUGGACGAGACGUCGACAGACGCCAGGGAAGCUAAGGUAUUAAAAUACGCUCUUGAGUAUGUAUGCAUUUACAGUAAUUCGUGGGGCCCCGCGGACACUGGAACAAUCAUGGAACAUUUGAGCGAUCUAAUCAAAAUGUCAUUUACCAAAGGCAUACAUCAAGUAAACGCAGGAUGUUUUAAAUUACAUAUUACAUUUAACAUUUUUCAUUUUACGAUAUCUGCCGAUUUAUUACUCGUUCAAUGUCAAUGUUUCAUUGAUUACAAAUGCAAUAUUCAAGUAAUACAUUAUAUAUUACUGUUUUGUCAAAAGUCGUGGAGAAAUUAGACUUAUCGGCUAUCAAUUUCGUAGUGUAUAGACAUACACAGGACCGUGCCUAGGUAACAGGGGUUAAUUACUUUUUCCUGUGUGAGCUGUUUUUGUAAAAUAUGCUAAAUAUAUUUGUAUUACAUAAAAUAAUCAAUAUAUAUCUUAAUAUAAAUAAUAAAACAAUCAAUUUUUUUUUUUUUUAUAAAAACACUUCUUUGAUACUAUAUUAGGAAAAAAACUAGCUAAAUGAAAUUGAAAUAAGUAGUCAAAUUACAAAUAAUAAGAAUGGUAUUUGGUAACUGUAAACAGUUUGAAUUAAUUUUUAAUAAGUGUGUAAUAAGCCAAUAAAGUAUAAAUCAAUACUUGAAACCAGUAAUUGCCCUAACGUGCAGGUGUAUACAAAGUGUGCGGUUUUUGUUUAAAUUUAAAAAUAAAAAAAAAAUUGAGUUUAAAUAUUAAUAAUUAUUGCAAUGUUAUAAAAUUGGCUACAUAAAACUGGAUUAGCUAAAUAAAGUGUUUUGUAUGGAAUUUUGGAUGUUAAAGAGCGACACAUUUUUUCACUUUUGAAAAAUAAACAGAAUGUACAAUUUUUGUAGAUAAUUUAAUUUUCCUAUUCCAGCAUUUAAACUAUAGUGAUGUCUAUGAGUGAACGUGAUGAAUCAAUAUCGGACGAGCCUAAUGUCCUUCGUAAUCUUCUUUAAUAGUUUCGGAUUUUGAGCCUGUAUACUUUACAAGGUACAAUUUCGGUACGAUUAGGUUCCAGUUUUCCCUAACAAUUGGUACUUUUUUCCAAAUACGAAUAUUAUAGCGUCGAAUCUAUAGUAUCUAUAUUCAAUGGUAUUGAUAACGGUCGUAACUAAUAUGUUUUUAUUACUAAUAGUGUUAUCGAAAUAUACUGAAAUAUUUUGUCCGAUCGUUGCAGGGUCGGGAUGGAAAAGGAGUGAUUUACGUGUUUGCCGCCGGCAACGGAAAAGCCGACGGCGACAACUGCGCUUGCGACGGUUUCGUCAACUCCAUCUACACAAUAGUCAUUGCUAGUUGUGACGACAGCGGUCACGUUACUCAUUAUUCCGAAAGAUGCGCUUCGAUUAUUGCCACGGCAUACAGUGGUGCCGGAUUCGAAAAGAACGUGGUAAGUUGUAUUUGCAUUUUCGUUUUUAUACUACAGUGUUCCGGUGUAUAAGCACUUUAAAUCGCCAAAAUAGGCGUUUUAGAAGAAGUUUUAAAAACCACGUAAAAAAAUAGAAUAAUAAUAAUAAAAAAAAAAUAAUAAACUAAAAACAAUUGCAUACAUGGUUCUUACCUCCUAUGCACACUAUAAGGUGACUAGUAGCUAACAAAUACUCAUACGCCGAUUGGUAUUACUAAUAUAAUUGUAAUCAGUGAUUAAUAAUCACUUUUUUUAAACGAAAAAAUAAUAUUAUUCAUUUUGGUUUCAUCCAAAAAAUUGUUUAAAAAUAAUUGUUACUAUUGAUCGGCGUGCCACUAGUUGUAGGUGGAAAGUUGGGAAAGUAGGGUACAUAGAAUAAUUUAACAUAUAUGUGUACACAACGAUAAAUCAUCGAUAACGAAAAAUAAUUCAAAGAGACAUUCGGUUAAAUAUAUUUUGAAAUUUUGAAUUUGGAUUUUUAAUGCUUAUGAAAAAAAAAUUACUGCUUUACAAUUUAAUUUUUUCUUCUUACUACUAUAUAGAGUAAAACCUAUAAUGACGAUUGAUGAAUUUCGUGUUAUAUUUUCGUGUGCAUUCCCCGGGCUAAAAUUUUUGGAAAUUUAACAAGAGGUUUAUUAUUAGUUGGACAGAGGUUAAAAAAAAAAAAUUGCGUAAUUUACUCCUCUUUUUUCCGUAAGCGUUGGUUCAAAUUUUAACGAAAAUUAUAAAAAUAAUUUAAUUUUGAAAUAUGUUUAAUCGAAUUUCACCCAGAAUCGUUAACAAUGAAUUCUUUAUAUAAAAUUCUUUAAUAUACAUUAAAUUACUCAAUAUAUCCUGCUUUUUGAUGUAAGUAUUUAAAUAAAAUAUAUUUUUUGUUCUAAUUGAAGUAAAAUCUUUGGGUUUUAUUUUCAAAACGUAUAGUUCUUGAGACUUAAUUCAACACAUUAUAACGAUUAAAGUGGAAUCUGCGAUCAUUUCUUGGUUCCAAUAACGAAUAUGAAUUAUUAUUAUUAUUAUUAACCGCAAUAAUAUUGGUGACCAUUAGGCUGUACAAAUAAUUUUAUAAUUCUCUCGAUGAUUUUCUUCGGCUCAAUAGAUCCGGUCAAACUAAUCUAAUAAUCCGCAUCUUUAGCGAAAUAUUCAGUAAUUGAUUUCGUGUUUUAUUCUUAAUUGCUGUAAUCACGGAAAAUCUUGCAGUUAUACACUACGAAAUAUACGUGUGAAUCACUGUCCGCAAUACUCUGUAUACUGUAAUCAUCAUAGAUAUAUAAAACAACUUCAAAUAUUAAAUAGCUGACUUUAAUAAUCUAUACGUGAGCCUACGAGUAAACGGGAAACUCAGCUAUCUACCAAGAGCGCAAAUUGCAUUAAUAAUACAAUGAAAUACUUGUUUAUGCCAUAUUAUGUAACAACAUGACCAAUUUUUAAAACGUUUUAUUUCCUAUAUUAUUAAAAUUAUUCACAAAAUUUAUCGCAAACAUUACCAUAAAUAUUUUAUGAGUUAAUCAAUAUAAUUUGCCCUCUUAGUUGCAUGGCGGUUAAACAAAAGUGUUUGCUAUAGAAAUUAUAAAUUGUUUUUAUUUUUUUUUUUUUUUGUAGAUUAUUACCUAUAUUAGAGUUUAGAUUAAAUACACAAUUUUAUAAGGGCGAUCAUUUAUUAGAGCAUAUAGAGAAAGGACAAAACAUUAAUAACGAUUAAACAGGUUGGUUUAUUAGGAAUGGGCAUGAAAUAUUAAUUUUUUUGCAUAAACUAACGCGGUGAACCGAAUAUAGUGCACUGUUGCAGCGUUCUCUUUAAAAAGGAAAUAAUUUUCAUUCUCGUUCUGACUUCAAAAAAGAAACUCAUUUCAGUUCCUCAUUUCUUAUUUAAAAAAAGGAUUUCGUUACCCUUCCUCGUUCCUUAAAAACUAAACUCGUUUCUUUAAGAAGUUCUUUUUGUUUUAACAAAUUCCUAAUACACUCCAAAAUAAUAUUUAUAUUUUUAAUUUGAAAAUAUUACUAAUUAAUUUGAUUUGGAAAUAUUUAUCUAUAAAUACAUAUUUGACAUUUGAGGUUUUAGUGAGUUAUUCAUUAGUCACUUUUCAGAAGAUAAAGAGAACAUUUUUAGUUAGCUUUCACCUGUAUUGCUAGGGUUUUCCGAAGAUUUAAGAUUUAAAAAAAAAUUUAAGAUACUUUUGUAUGUCAAAAUAUGGUAGGCAUUCAAUUUGCUCAAUUUUAGCUUCUAUAGAUCUUAAAGAGUUCGGUUAAAACAUUUUUGUAAAUCUACUUACGGCAUAGACCGGCAUACUAUACAAUUAAUUGUUUUCCUCUACACAUUUUUGAAAUUGAAUAUUGUAAUUUUUUCAAAUCGUUAUGGAAUAAUAAAACAUAAUAGAAUGAUACCCAAAGAAAUUAUACGCAUGGUAAUGCAAGUUUAAUUGCAAUGAAAUAUUUUUUCGGAAUAUUUAAAAAUGUCAAUAUCUUAUUUUGUUUUUUGACAUCGUAUUUUAAACAUGUACAUUUAAGUCUCAAUAAUAUAUUAUUUAUCCUUAUUAGUUAUUCGCGUUACAAAACCUAAAUUGUAUUUUAAUUUUAGAAUUAAAGGGAAUUAAUGGUGAUACGGUUAAAAGUAUGCAGGUCGAUUCAAAAUGUAUGUUACAACCAUUUUAUCAUGUAAAUAUUCAAAUAAUAGAGAAAAAUGAAUAACACAAAAGUUUUUCGAUUUAUAAACAUCUAAAAUAGAUUGUACAUUUUUUUUUUGGGGGGGGGGGUGAGUUCAACCUUCGAAAUUUAAAUGGGAAUUUAUAUUAAAAAUUCCUUUAAAAAAACAAGCUUUUUCACAUUUUAAUUUAGGUAAGGAGAGAAUAGUGGAACAUUGUGUGCUUGUGUUGUACAUGACGUAAGGUGUUUGAAUAGUCGUUCACUAUUCUCUCCCCACAUAAACUAAAAAGUGGAAUAUUUUGUCAACAUAUUGUUGGAAAUAAAAAAUAUCAUCAUCAAUAUUUAUUUAAAUUAACACUUCAUUUAUUUAUGGAAUUUUGAGUAAAGGUUCCUAUUUGAAUUACAAAGGUAGACCCACAAACCAUCUCAAAAGAGGCAGUAAACAAAUGUAAAAAACCAUUUUAGAUGUUUAUGAAUCGAACUACUUUUUGUACUACACGUAUUUCUUUGCUUUGAAUAUUUACAUGAUAAAAUGACUGUAAUACAAAUUUGUCUGUAUAUGUGUAAAAUGCGUUCAUUAUUAUAACUUAGUCUUGAGUUAAAAUGUUGCUUUUAUUUCUUUACAGUUGACCACCGAUGUAAAUGGACAGUGCACCGACAAACAUACGGGUACGUCUGCAGCGGCACCAUUGGUGUCCGGUAUUAUAGCGCUAGCUUUGUCGGCCAAGUAAGUAUUACACAUUUCACAAUUUUAAACGAAUCGAAUUUUAACAGUUUCUUUUCUCGAAUAUUUUGUACAGUCCAGAAUUGACGUGGAGAGAUGUGCAGUAUCUCUUAGUGUGGACGUCUCAGGUGGUACCGUUGAGCGAUAACUUCGGAUGGAACCGGAACAAGGCGGGUUUUUACUAUUCGGUGGACUUUGGAUUCGGGCUUGUGAACGCUUAUAAAUUGGUCAAGGAAGCUCAAACUUGGCAAAACGUCCCGGAAAUGUCAUCAUGCGGUAUACGUAUGCCUAAAGUUCGGUAGGUACACCGCCCAGUAGUGUGUAUGAAAUCUAAAAAAUAAUAAUACAUCGUGAAUAAUGAACAUCAUAUUUCAAUUUUCGCUAUAAUAUUUGGUUAAAUUUUUAUUGAAUUAUAUGGAAAUAAAAUUCUAACUAUUAUUUCUUUCGUCUUCUGCUUGGUUUCGGCCUUUAAAAAUCAUACCACUUUUACAAAACUUACCUGUUAUCUACAGCCUGGUAGAAUGAAAAGCUAUUGAGCUUCCGGAUUUACUGCCUCAAUGCUCUACUUAACACAAUCUACCCUUCUUAAUCUCUCAAAAGAUUUUAUUUUAGCGAUAUUUCUAACUUAUUUGGGCCAUUGGAAUUGAAUUUGAAAUUCAUCGUUAUUACAUUUUCUUCAUUCAUUGGUUUUGACAUCAAACCAAAGUUUUAAUGUUUAGCUGGAAUGUUUUUUUUGUAUAUAUUUUAGUAGAAUAAGUAUUACAAAUUUUCUUUGUAUGAGUAAAUGCAGUAAUUUAUAUAAUAAAUGUUCUCAGAACUAUAUAUAUAUAAAAAAAAAAAAAAAAAAAAAGGAGUAUUUUAAUAAUAUAAACUUCGUAAUAUUUUAUUUAGUGGUUUUCCCAUAUCGAGAAGUAGAGCUGUCCGCAUAACUGUGAAUUCGACUGGCUGCGAAGGAUUGUCCGGUGAAAUAAAUUAUAUAGAAUUCGUACAAUUGGUGCUGUCGAUGACUUAUCCGAAAAGAGGAGACAUUCAAAUAGCGAUAAGAUCACCAUUAGGUAUUUUGGUAUUUAUAAUAAUAUUAUUAUUAUCGACCAGUGUCACCUAUAAUAUUUGAGUUGUAUUAUAUCGUCGCUUAUAAGUAUGCUGCAAUAGUAAUUAUUUCAGUAGUUGUUGUCGUUUUACAGGAUGACCAAAAUCAUUUUAUAAAAUAACCCUUAACUCAACUUUAUUGUAAUGUGUUAUUUGCGGAGACAUGUCACGUUGACAUAAGGUUUAGAAUGUUUGAUAUCGUGUUAUUAUUUUCGGGAAUGACAGUGUAACUACGAGUCUAACGAAAAAAGUUAUAGAACAAAACAUUUUCGGAAACACUUGGUUUAAUUUUAUAAAAUGUUGAGUUACGUUCUAUUUUAGUGACGAUAUUAUGUCGGUUGGCGAAAUAUGAAAAUGGCUUUGAAAAAUUAACAUAUUUUUAAUAGCUUACAUUUUGUAUUGUAACAAAUUAUUCGGUUGAAAGUUUUAAGGGAAAACUCCAUAAAUACUUGAAAUAUUUUGAUAAAUAUAAUUUUAUUACCCUGUGUUUUGAAUUUGACGGAGAAAAUGUAUGAUUCAAUAUUAAGGGUGGGAGGAGGUAAAAUUCUAUAUAAUACAUUCAUUUUAACAAAGUUUCACAGUCAUUCUAAAGUAAGGAUGGUCUAAAUGCCAUAGCAUGUCUCCAGUCAAUUGUUAAAAAUUCCUAUGCACUCCACUGAGUUACAUACAGCUGCUAUUCAAUAUUUAUUAGUUAAUUAAAUUUAUUAAUUAAUUAUAACUUUUGUUUUCAUAGGAACGGAAUGUCGCGUUCUGGAUAGCCGACCGAAAGAUUUUAACACUCGUGGAUUAAAUAGAUGGACUUUUACAAUACUCGCUUUUUGGGGAGAAUCUCCGAAAGGAAAUUUCAUCAUCGACGUUUUCGAUACGGUAUGAUGUUUACUAGAAUUUUUUUUAAUUCAGUAAAAAAAAUUAAAACUGUUCAAUUAGUAAUUUUAUGUACCUAUAUAUUAUUCCAAACUUUGUCACUCGCAGACUGGAAAAUCGUCAAAUACCGGUGUAAUUUUAGAAAUGACACUGUCCAUACACGGGACCAAAGACAUUCCGCCGAUUUACAAGAACGGUCCUCGGCCAUACGACGAAUUUAAACUAGCGAAGCCGGUUAGUGUUUUAUUAAAAACAGAUAGCGUUGAAUUAUAAUAUUAUACGAGUGUAUAAAAGAUUGUGUUGACUCAAAAUAAUAAUAAUAUUACAGGGAGAUAAACCCAGAUUCCUCCAUCUUGGCAGCAUGACCAAAGCGAAAAAUGUGGACGUACUCCGAAACGAUGACCAGCGACAGCAAAUCAUCCGGGACGCCGCACACAAUUAUGAUGGUGUCCAUAUGAGUGAUUAUAAAGAAUCGAAUAAACAGAACACGCAAAAGGUAAAUUCUGGUAUGACACAGAAAACGAAAAAGAAACGUUUGAAAACAGAUUUGUUGAAAAUGGAACUGGACGAUCUCCUAAAUCGAGAAGUGUCAAUUUUGCCGAUGAAUCCGCUGGUGCAUGACGUCGCUAUAAAUCCGGUUGUCGAUAACGAUUUGUUAUCUAGCGAAGAAGACCCGGCCGUUGUGUGAAUUUAAUUAGAUUUUGAUGCAUUAACCGGAAACGAUGUUUUCAGAGCACUGCAAGUGAAAAUUAUUAUAUUUAUCCACCCCGUAAUAAAUUAGUA